UCCACUGCCCUCGUUAAUUAUCAUUUUUUUUUUAUCUUAUCGUGGACCUUCACUUGCUAGUCGUAGUAUAAUUCCUUUAGAAGCUUCAACACUAACACACAGAGUGACAGACAUCACUGUACUCUAAACUCUCUCGCUAAUGGCUUGUCUUCCUUUCCAGAGGCUGCUAGUUCUCUUCACUUUCAAUUCAAUCAUAGUUUUACAGAGAACCAUCAUAUAUGCAAUUGCUCAGUUGCCUGGCACGUGGCAGCUUCUGGUCCCAAAUGCCGGAAUUUCGUCCAUGCACACGGCGGUGACCAGAUUCAACACGGUGGUCCUUCUAGACAGGACCAACAUCGGGCCAUCCCGAAGGAUGCUACGAAAGGGCCACUGCCGCAACGACCCAAGCGACGCCUUUCUGAAACACGAUUGCUACGCCCACUCCAUCGUUUUCGACUUACAAACCAAUCAAAUUCGUCCACUCAUGAUCCUUACCGACACAUGGUGCUCCUCGGGUCAAUUCCUCCCCGAUGGAACCUUAAUGCAAACGGGUGGGGACUUGGACGGGUUCAGGAAGAUCCGGAAAUUUGAACCUUGCGAACCAAACGGGUCUUGCGAUUGGGUGGAGCUCCAAGAUGUGGAAUUAGGAAACGGCAGAUGGUACGCCACAAACCAGAUACUGCCGGACGGUUCGGUGAUUAUUGUAGGCGGGAGAGGAACCAAUACGGUCGAGUAUUAUCCGCCGAGAACUAACGGCCCGGUUCCUUUCCCCUUCCUUGCUGACGUGGAGGAUAAUCAGAUGGACAAUUUGUACCCUUAUGUUCAUCUCCUGCCCAGCGGUCACCUCUUCAUUUUCGCUAACAACAAGGCAGUUAUGUAUGAUCCCCAAACCAAUCAAAUCGUCAGAGAUUAUCCAAUCCUCGACGGAGGCCCACGGAACUACCCGUCAGCAGGUUCCUCCGCUAUGCUGUCACUGGAGGGAGACUAUUCAACGGCUGUGGUUGUCAUCUGCGGUGGGGCCCCAUACGGUGCGUUUAUCGAGAGAAGCACCAAUACCCCGGCUCACGGUAGUUGCGGCCGUAUCGUUGCAACCUCACCUAACCCGGAAUGGGAGAUGGAGGACAUGCCAUAUGGGAGGAUAAUGGGGGACAUGGUAAUGUUACCCACCGGUGAAGUGUUAAUUAUCAAUGGAGCCCAAGCAGGGACUCAAGGCUUCGAGUUGGCAUCAAAUCCUUGCUUAUUCCCAGUCCUGUACAGACCAGAUCAACCGGUUGGGUUACGGUUCAUGACACUAACCCCAGGAACUAUACCUAGGUUGUACCACUCUACAGCUAACCUGUUACCGGACGGGCGGGUAUUGAUUGCGGGCAGCAAUCCACAUUAUUUCUACAAAAUCAAUGCAGAAUUUCCCACAGAAUUACGCAUCGAAGCGUUUUCACCCGAAUAUUUAUCAUCUGAUCGGGCUAAUAUCCGACCCGUUAUAGAGGAAAUUCCGGAGACGGUACGGUACGGAGAGGUUUUCAAUGUAAUUGCGUCGGUGGCGCUGCCUGUGGUGGGUAUAAUGGAGGUGAAUUUGGGGAACGCGCCAUUCGCAACACAUUCAUUCUCACAAGGUCAGAGGCUGGUCAAAUUGACCGUUACGCCCUCGGUGCCUAAUGGCGACGGCCGGUAUAGAAUAGGAUGUACGCCGCCGAGGAAUGGGGCGGUUGCUCCACCGGGUUAUUACAUGGCCUUCGUGGUCAAUAAUGGAGUGCCAAGUGUCGCACGCUGGGUACAAUUGGUGUCUUAAAUGUGUAAUUUAGUUGCAUUUUCAACUUCUGUUUCAAGUGUUAAUAAUACAUAAUUAUUCAACUGGAUU